AUGGAUCAUAUACCGUCGUUGCCCAAGUCCAUCAAGGGAAACACCGAACUGCUCAUUUGGGUCGACCUUUUCUCGGGAUAUGUGAUUGCAAAGGCUAGCUCCUAUCGGACGGCACAAACAAUAGCGGAGAAUUACGAAGAAUGUGUGUUUCGACGCUUCGGAGCUAGCGAGGCUAUCAGGCACGAUCGAGAACCGGGAUUUAUGUUCGACUUCUUUCGAGCCUUCAGUCGGAUCGUAGGACAAAAACAGCGUGCUACUAUGGCUUACAGGCCACAAGCAAAUGGAACAGCCGAACGAAUGGUGCAAACCCUGACACAUUCGCUCAAGAUGUACGUGGCUGAAGUUGACCAGCGAGACUGGGAUGAGUAUGCUGAGCGGCUUGUUGAAAAGACAGCGGCUGUGAAGAAGACACCUCGUCAAGCUGCGUCAAGUGUUGAAGCAAGUGGAAGACCAAGCUUCGCUAUACCGGUGGGUACCGGUAUGUACCAGUAA